UAGGCCCAUAUCACGCGCUCUCUGCAUGCACGUCGCGUGCGGUUCCGGUUAGUUCUCAAGGUGGGUCCCACCGCUAACCUUCAGCCAUGGCCGCUGCUUCUGGAUCACUGUCCCCUGCCCCUCUCUCCCUCUCCCUCUCCCUCUAACUCCCCCAAGAAGAGAGAGAAGAAAAUCGAGCUCCCAAACUCCGAUCCUGAUCGCCUUGAGAUCGAUCCAGAUGUCUCUCCUUCAGCCAUCGCCUCUGCAUUCUCUCAAAGAUUCACCAUCUCUGUAUCCCUCUUCUCUCCGUUCUCGCUCCAAAGAUUUAAUCUUUUCAAAGAGUUCUCUGAAACUGAAGAGGACGACGGUGGGGCGGGGGCAAAACGGGAAGCGAAGGCUCUCUAGGGUUUUUGCCGCAGCUGAUCAGGCUGCAUUCAGGAAAAUGAAUCUCAACGAGUACAUGGUCACCCUAGAGCGACCCCUGGGCAUUCGGUUUGCUCUCUCCGUUGAUGGCAGGAUUUUUGUUCACUCUAUGAAGAAGGGGGGGAACGCAGAGAAGUCGAGAAUUAUUAUGGUGGGGGACACAGUGAAGAAGGCAAGUAGUACCUCUGAUGGUGGUGGGGGGUUCAGUGAGAUCAAAGACCUCAAUGAUGCACGGAAGAUACUCAAGGAGAUUUCAGGUUCACUUAGUCUUGUUCUUGAAAGACCAUUUUCUCCUUACCCAAUCCAGCAUCUACAUCUAAAUGACAGCUAUCAUACUUUAUUUAAUAAAGGCCGAGUUCCUUUCGCUACAUGGAACAAAACAGUUUUGGCAUCAAACUUGCAGUCAUCUUCAGAGGGAAAUGGGAACUCUGGUUUUGCCAUUUUUUCACCAAAAUUUCUGGCACCAGAAGGACGACGCCUUUUUAGUGAAAAGAGUGUUAUACCCAAUUUCUCAUUACAAAAUAACAGUUCUUUUACUUCUAUAAGUAUAAAUGAAAUUGUCAGUAUUUUUUCUGAGGAAGAGACUGAAGAUGUUGAAUGGGCAUUUGGAAGCUUUCCUUUGGAGGAAUAUAUCAAAGCACUUGAUCGAGCUAAAGGGGAAUUGUACUACAAUCACUCGCUUGGAAUGCAAUACAGCAAGAUAACUGAACAGAUAUAUGUUGGAUCAUGCAUACAGACAGAAAGUGAUGUGCAAACAUUGUCCAACAUGGGGAUCACUGCUGUUCUAAAUUUCCAGAGUGAAAGCGAGCAUGCCAAUUGGGGAAUCAACUCAGAGUCCAUAAAUGAUUCUUGUCACCAUCAUAAUAUCCUUAUGGUUAAUUAUCCUAUUAGGGAGGUAGAUUCUGUAGACCUAAGGAAGAAGCUUCCUUUCUGUGUAGGGCUUUUAUUACGACUUCUAAGGAAGAACUUCCGUAUAUUUGUAACUUGUACCACUGGAUUAGAUAGAUCUCCUGCAUGUGUAAUAGCGUACUUGCACUGGAUCCAAGAUACUGCUCUUCAUGCUGCCCAUGGUUUUGUUACUGGGUUGCAUUCAUGUCGAUCAGAUAGACCAGCUAUAGUUUGGGCAACAUGGGAUCUUAUUGCCAUGGUGGAAAAUGGAAAAUAUGAUGGACCACCAACACACGCAGUGAACUUUGUAUGGAAUAAUGGGUCCCGGGAGGGAGAGGAGGUAUAUUUGGUUGGUGAUUUCACAGGCAAUUGGAAAGAUUCUGUCAAGGCAGAGCACAAAGGCGGUUCGAAAUAUGAAGUUGAACUUAGACUUCGGCAUGGAAAAUACAACUAUAAGUUCAUUGUUGGUGGACAAUGGAGGCACUCAUCAGGAUUACCAACUGAAACAGAUGAACAUGGAAAUGUCAACAAUGUAAUUAGAGUUGGUGAUGUUGCUCGCAUUAAACCUGCUCCUACUCAGCUACAGGUAAAGGAUCCAACAGUUGUUAAGGUGAUAGAACGACAACUGACUGAAGACGAAAGGUUCCUGUUAGCUUUUGCAGCACGUCGGAUUGCAUUUUCUAUCUGCCCAGUCAAGCUGACUCCGAAAUAGAUGAAUAGGACGCGUCAACUUGUAUCUCCUUCUCAUUGUCCGGGGGGCGGUCUUGCGACCGACUGAAAAUGCAUGUAAGUUAAGCAUUUGUAUUAAUGGGGCCAAGAAACUGUAAAACUCAUCUGUAUUUUCAAUAAAAUUUGGGGCAAUUAAUUUUAAAUUAA